AGAAGAGAUAAAGAAGAUUAAUUGCGAUAUGCGUAACCUCCUAUCAGAAUUAUUAAAAAGCUACUCCCUCGGUCUGAUAAUAUAAGAGCGUUUUUUAAUUAAUGUAGUGUCAAAAACACUCCUAUAUUAUGAGACGGAGGAAGUACAAGAUAGCUCCGUGUGUUUGGAAAAGAUGCAGGCUCGCUGGAAAAACAAGACCUAAACAUGGCACAGGCCUCUGAGUUUUCUCUGGUCCGCUCGUGUUUUAGGCGGCGUGCCCAGUUGAAAGGGACCCUUUGCUCUGCAUCUGCCAACGUCGUAGGUCACCUCCUCGUAUCAAGUUUCUUUGUUCUCUGUUCUUUGCUUGGAAGAACACAGGAGGGAGGAGCAGGCAUGGGGAAGGUGAUGAGCAUGCGGCUCGCGCUGGUGGUCCUGGUGCUGGCGAGCCUCGUGCUGGCGGCCCAGGAGGCCGACGGGGCGCGGCCAGCGUCGACCGACGGCGUUAUCAGCUACGGUGCUCUCCUGCGCGGGAACGGCGCCAACACCUCCGACGCCAGCGUCCGGCCUUCCGCGGUGGCCAACUCUUACACGCGCGGCUGCAGCAAGAUCAACCGUUGCCGCGGCUGAUGCGACGCGUGCCUGCAUGCGUGUGUAUCUCUUGCUUUGCUCGAACGUUUGAACGUUGAUCCGGUGC